GUGCGCUGUGAUUGGGUGGCGUGGCGGAGAGGAAGCGGGUACCUUCGCUGUCAGAACGCUGUCGCCAGUCACCCUGGCCUCUGGAGACCCGUUCGCUUCAGCCUCCGCCUCUGGCAAUCAAAGUGUACAGAUGUCAUCCGCCCGACUUCUGCUACGGAUCUGAGCUGCGGGCCGCCGCCCGGAUGGGCCCGCCCGAGCGCUCUAAAACCUCCAGGGAUUGUUGACUUGCCAAAGAGUUUGGGCCACAAGCUGAAGUUCCCAUUCCAUGGAUCCCUUGGGUGCACCUUCCCAGUUUGUGGAUGUGGACACCCUGCUAAGCUGGGGUGACUCAUAUGAAGAUGAAGUAAAUUCCUCUGACGGCACAGCUGAGGCAUUCCAGGAAGACACCAGCAGAUCGCCUUUUCUUUAUAAUCGGGACAUUAAUGGAAAAGUGGUUCUUUGGAAAGGAGACGUGGCAUUACUGAACUGCACGGCCAUUGUGAACACCAGCAAUGAAAGCCUCACAGAUAAGAAUCCUGUGUCAGAGAGCAUCUUCAUGCUUGCGGGGCCAGAUCUGAAGGAGGACCUACAGAAACUCAAAGGUUGCCGAACUGGUGAAGCAAAAUUGACCAAAGGCUUUAACCUAGCUGCUCGGUUCAUCAUUCACACAGUGGGACCUAAGUAUAAGAGCCGCUAUCGCACUGCAGCGGAGAGUUCCCUGUACAGCUGUUACAGAAACGUGCUUCAGCUGGCAAAAGAGCAGUCCAUGUCCUCUGUUGGCUUCUGUGUCAUCAAUUCUGCAAAGCGAGGUUAUCCGCUAGAGGAUGCAACACACAUCGCACUUCGUACUGUGAGGCGGUUCCUAGAGAUCCACGGGGAAACCAUUGAAAAAGUAGUGUUUGCUGUCUCAGAAGUCGAAGAGGCCACUUACCAAAAGCUGCUACCUCUGUACUUCCCAAGGUCGUUAAAGGAGGAGAGCCGGUCAUUGCCGAACCUACCUGCAGACAUUGGAAAUGCAGAAGGGGAGCCCGUGGUGCCUGAGCGGCAAAUUAGGAUCAGUGAGAAGCCUGGUGCUUCGGAGGACAAUGAAGAAGAAGAUGAGGAGGAAGGCUUGGGAGUGGAUCUGUCUUUCAUUGGCUCGCAUGCUUUUGCUCGAAUGGAAGGAGAUAUUGACAAGCAAAGAAAAUUGAUCCUCCAGGGACAGUUGUCCGAAGCUGCCCUGCAGAAGCAGCAUCAAAGAAAUUAUAAUCGCUGGCUAUGCCAAGCAAGAUCUGAAGACCUGUCUGAUAUCGCUUCUCUGAAAGCUUUAUACCAAACAGGUGUAGAUAACUGUGGCCGCACAGUGAUGGUGGUAGUUGGAAGAAACAUUCCUGUGACGUUGAUAGAUAUGGACAAGGCCCUCUUGUAUUUUAUCCAUGUGAUGGAUCACAUCGCUGUGAAGGAAUAUGUAUUGGUGUAUUUUCACACACUGACCAGCGAGUACAAUCACCUGGACUCCGACUUCCUGAAGAAACUCUAUGAUGUUGUUGACGUCAAAUACAAGAGGAAUUUAAAGGCUGUUUAUUUCGUUCAUCCAACAUUCCGUUCAAAGGUCUCAACAUGGUUUUUCACCACCUUUUCUGUCUCAGGACUGAAGGACAAGAUCCACCACGUAGACAGCCUGCAGCAGCUCUUUUCUGCCAUCUCACCAGAACAGAUAGACUUCCCUCCUUUUGUCCUUGAAUAUGAUGCCAGGGAAAAUGGGCCUUAUUUUGCAUCUUAUCCUCCAUCACCAGAUUUGUGACCUGUCACCUUCCCAGUGUUUCUUGGUCACAGGAUUCCAUUUCACCACAACUCACCACCUAUUGGAGUGAUGUUCAUUUUUGCUGUACAGAUCCAGAGAGCUUUUGUCCCCACCUCUCUGGUAUUUUUUUAUUGACUAUAUAUUUUCUGGCACAUAAACAAUCUAAAACUGGUAGGCCAUUCUGAACUGCAUACAUUUUAAAUUUGUAUAUUUGUAUCAAAUGGAAAUGCUCAUUUUUAGAGCAUUAAUAGAAACUGGGGAUCAACUUUUGAGUGUCUUCAGUUUCCUAAAGGAUGCUGGACUCUGUUACACAGGCCACCAACGUUGCUCAGAUCAUCUCUUAUAAUGCACGCUUCUGGACUCUGUUACACAGGCCACCUACAUUGUUCAUAGCAUCUCUUAAACAGUGCACGCUGUGUAUUUAAGUGUUUCUCAAAAUAUAUAGAACCAAUGUAUGCUGAACGGAUGCAUUGUUCCUUCAGAUCCUGGCUUUAAUACCAUUUACAUUUUAUACAGACGAUCUGAUUAUAAUAUAGAAUUGCCCAUGACCAAGAAUAUUGAAAUGUGAAACUGUAAAAUCCUUCAACAAAACAUAGAACUGGCAAAUUGUUGGCACCGGGUAAGGCUAAGCUGUAAUUGCUUCUUGGAUUAUCUACUUUGUUCACAUCGACACCAUUCUGAUCUCAGAAGAUCAUGUGGACAACGUGAAGACUGUAUCUUCAACUCUUUUCUAUAAUCAUGUGACUAGUCUCUUUAUCAAAAGAAUGUUUGUGCUACCAGCACUCCUAAGUAAAGAACAUUACCCAGGACUCCAUCCCUGACCACAUUGCUGUCUUCUCAGAGUCAUCAAUGAUUGCGUUGGUUCAGUAUCACUUGAGUCACCUACAUCAGUAUGGUGGGUGUAUGUAACAGUGCACAAAUCCAAGGACCAGAAAAUUCACUUUUCACAAAACAUUUGCCAUUCAAGCUCUGCGUGUGCCUUAGUGAGUGAAAUUUAGAAUUACACAACCUACCUCAGAGGUAACAUAAAGAUAGGAUUUAGAAAGAACUUGGCUGUUCCAGGGGGCAGAGGAUUGAGGGAAGUGGGGUUCAGUAGAGUGUCUUCAUUUAGUUCUUAAUGGGUUCAUGGAAAUAAAUAUAUGUAAAGGAAUUCUGUAAGGUGCUCUAUGGUCUUUAGCACCUUUUGAGUGACUGAGCAGUGUUUGGGAAUGGGUCGGACACAAAAAAAAUCCCACCCAGACCUUCUGACCAUUUCCUGCUUUGUACAGAUUUUCUUUUGGCUCUCCUACAAUGCUGCCAUUUUACAAGAAACAUCUGUUACUCAUUUUAAAGAUUUCUUCUUGAAUUAAGGUCAAAGCAUUAUUGUUUCCAUGUGGGUGUCUUUAUAGUCUUUUUGGUACCCAUCCCCACCCACCUUUAUCCCCUUCACUGCAUCAUGCAUGUUUGCAGUUUAGAGGGAAAAAAAAGAACUGAAAGAAAAGGGAAAGCAGGGCCCUGUCAGUGCUCCCAGGGGCCCAGUCCACCGCCUAUGCACUCUUCACCAGUCCCACCGCCUGUGCACUCUUCACUAGUCCACCGCCUGUGCACUCUUCACUAGUCCACCGCCUGUGCACUCUUCACUAGUCCACCGCCUAUUCACUCUUCACUAGUCCACCGCCUGUGCACUCUUCACCAGUCCACCGCCUAUUCACUCUUCACUAGUCCACCGCCUGUGCACUCUUCACCAGUCCACCACCUAUGCACUCUUCACUAGUCCACCGCCUGUGCAUUCUUCACUAGUCCACCGCCUGUGCACUCUUCACCAGUCCACCGCCUGUGCACUCUUCACUAGUCCACCGCCUGUGCAUUCUUCACUAGUCCACCGCCUGUGCACUCUUCACCAGUCCACCGCCUAUGCACUCUUCACCAGUCCACCGCCUGUGCACUCUUCACCAGUCCACCACCUAUGCACUCUUCACCAGUCCACCGCCUGUGCACUCUUCACUAGUCCACCGCCUGUGCAUUCUUCACUAGUCCACCACCUGUGCACUCUUCACCAGUCCACCGCCUGUGCACUCUUCACCAGUCCACCGCCUAUGCACUCUUCACCAGUCCACCGCCUAUGCACUCUUCACCAGUCCACCACCUAUGCACUCUUCACCAGUCCACCGCCUGUGCACUCUUCACUAGUCCACCGCCUGUGCACUCUUCACCAGUCCACCACCUGUGCACUCUUCAGGAAAGGCAAAGGAGCAAGCUUUUCUCAUUUUAAGAGGGAGCCCUCCCAGUGAUCAUUUUAUGUUGCUGCAUAUAAACAAGAAGUGUUUCACAUUUCUUGGGUAGGUGUCCUUCUUAGAUAUCAAAGCCACUGCUAGUUCUAUCUACCUACGUGGUAAGAACUUCCUGGUAUGUUCUAGAUCAUCGAGGCGACCAGUCAGAUGUCAGGUGUAAACUUACUUUCAUUACUCCUUUAACCCUCUCAUCCUUACAAUGUCUGGUAUUUUAGAUUCCUCCCAUACAGCAAUUAGUGUGUCAUUCGAUCUGAGGCACUGCCUCCUAGAAGCCGCUAAGGCCAUGCACCUGCUCCACUAAAGCUGGACUUGGCUACCGAGAGCCAACAUCUGCUCUAAACCAUUGCCGCUCUGUAUAAUAGAAACUGUAAGCUACCUUGCUAUUUGAACAGAAGAAAAUUUAUAAGAACAAUGUCUCUGUAUUUAUUUCAGACAGACUCACACUCAGGCUGGCCCCAGACUUGUGACCCUCUGUCUCAAUCUCUAGAGUGCUAGGAUUAUAAAUAUACUCUGUGAUACCCAGA